CGGAAAGUUUCUAAAAUGUGCCUUGGUGAAUUGUGCGUUGAUAAUUUAUUACUAAUGUAUAGGAUGUUUUGUUCGUUCAUCUGAAAUUUAUUUUAACGUUCAAAAUGAAAAGAAAAAGAACAACGGGCCAUUCUCUCCACAAGGCAAACAGAAAAUCGACGCGGCACUGGUGAAUUCGAACUGACCCUUGACUUCAGAAAAGGAUGUGGUGUCCACUAAAACCCAAAUGUUUCAACUACCUCCUGGUGGCUCUAAUUUUAGCAUGUUUUUUGCUCGUCAUCGCACCACAAGUUUUUUAUGCGGCGGAUUUUCCCGUUUUCACUUUCGAUUCCGCGGAAAGUCAUUCCACGUGCGGCUGCGAAUCAACUUCCGGAAACGCUAGUGACGCUAGUGACGCUAGUGACGCUAGUGAUGCUAGUCACUUAGCAACGUCCGCACCUCAUCGCCUUUGGCUGCUGACGAUUGACCACGACACUGGCCGACUGGGCAACAAGUUGUUUAAAUAUGCUUCUCUGCUUGGAGUCGCGAGGGCGAAUGGACGUCACCCGUUUGUGCUUCCUUACACGGAAGAUCUGGACUUGACACGAGUUUUUAACCUCACCCACGUGGAGUAUCACGCAUCGACAUUUUGGUGAGGCUCUAAUGCUUAUACAUUUAUGGCCAUGCAUUGAAUAUUAUUUUAAGUCAUUUUGAAGAGGGUCAAAGUCUCACAUUAUAGACUGCAACUGGAAAAAAGAUGUAUGUUUUUAAUUUAUUUUAUGAAUAUUUAUUUAAAAACAAUAAAUUUGUGUUGAUCCUAAAUUAUUGUUUUUCAAUCGAGUUUGUUCUUUGAUUCACCUGAGCCUUUGACCCACCUGAGUCUUUGACUCACCUGAGCCUUUGCCUUACCUGAGCAUCUAUAAAUGUCUCCCAAUCACCUUAGUGGAAGAGCUAGUAAAGAAGAAAUCCAUUCUCCCCGUAUGUAAGCCUUAAUUGUAAUUUGGUGGCCUGUUUGGGCCGCGAGUAUCAGCGUUGUAGAAUAAAACUUUACAGUAAUUUAAAUUAUUGUUGUAUUAAAUUGAAGGACAAACAUUUACAAGGGUUAGCAUUUUUUAAGGUCUCUUCUCUAACAUUAAUCCCACCAUCCUAGCCCAACCCCUCCCCCAAAAGCUUUUACCAAAAAAUAACACAUUUCAUAUCUCAGAUACUAAAUGCCCAAAUGAUCUUCAAAUUGCCACCCCUGUAUUGCAAACGCCCCAGAUUGGAAAAUAUCAUUGUAAAGGGGCUUGAUCUUCAAGCUUCUAGACCUUAGUGUUUACAUAGCUAAAAAUUAGUGUGUAUAUAGCCAAAAGGUUAGUUUGUACAUAGCCACAAAUUAGUGUGUAUAUAGCCACUGUAAGAAUUACUGCAAGUUUUAGCAAUCAGGAACCUACACGGAUUUUUAUGUGAGUUUAUUUUGUUUGGGUUUUUAUAUAAUUUUAUUAUGAUGAUAUGCGUUCCUUAAAUCCUCGACAAAAAUAUUCACUAGUAGCAUCUAAAAAAGAUUUUCUUUUCAAGUACAUUUUACAAAUAUUUCCUCCUACACAGGUGGCCGAAGAUUGUUGAGUCCGGCUACGCUUACUUUGAUCCCAAGUUCACCCACAUCCCCAACAGUGACGUCCGUAUCGCUGGCUACAUGCAGUCGUGGAAGUAUUUUGAUGGCGUCAGGGAUGAAAUCAGAAGAGAGUUUUCACUGAGUCCACCACUUCGGUAUGAAGUGAAAAAACGUGAAGUUUUAAAUACGAAUAGUGGAACAUUGUGAUACCUAACUCAAGUGACGUGUUUUAAAAUUGUUCAAAUUUGUACUUUUUUUUAAAAUAAAUAAAUAUAUUGUUCGUCUUUCGCAUGGGAAAUGACCAAGGUUUCGUGUUGAGUAGUAAACCUUGACUUGAGCCUGUAUUUUGUUUAAAGUGAGUGAAAGUUGCCCAAUUCGUCAGCCUCACUAUCUCGUCCUUGCCUUUUUGUGCCAAUCGCAAGACUAGUCAAGACGACUGAAAAUAGACCAGAGUGCAAUAGAUGACCAGCAGUGUGUCUUGAUUGUUUCAAUUUGCUUUACGACUACGGGACUCCAACUGUGAUUUCAGAGUUUUGCCUUCUCUUAGAUGAUUUGUCAUCCAAGGUUAACGAGUCCCAUACGGUAUCGGGUGCUGUAGAUGAGUUGUCAUCCAAGGUUAACGAGUCCCAUACGGUAUCGGGUGCUGUAGAUGAUUUGUCAUCCAAGGUUAACGAGUCCCAUACGGUAUCGGGUGCUGUAGAUGAUUUGUCAUCCAAGGUUAACGAGUCCCAUACGGUAUCGGGUGCUGUAGAUGAGUUGUCAUCCAAGGUUAACGAGUCCCAUACGGUAUCGGGUGCUGUAGAUGAGUUGUCAUCCAAGGUUAACGAGUCCCAUACGGUAUCGGGUGCUGUAGAUGAUUUGUCAUCCAAGGUUAACGAGUCCCAUACGGUAUCGGGUGCUGUAGAUGAGUUGUCAUCCAAGGUUAACGAGUCCCAUACGGUAUCGGGUGCUGCAGAUGAGUUGUCAUCCAAGGUUAACGAGUCCCAUACGGUAUCGGGUGCUGCGUGAAAGGCAUGUGAAGGAAAUAAAACAGUAGAACGAGUUAGGUGUACGCUUGGGGAAAAAAACAAACACAACAACAGAACAAAUCAAAAGAACCGUUUCGGCUAAACGCCUGCGUCAGCAGGACAAUAGGAGAAUAGAGAAACGCAUUAUUUGGAAUUGGAGAACUUAAAUAUUUCCAGAUCAAAAUGUUGCUCCGCCAGUCUGUGUCUCUGUGUCAGUGUGCGUCUCUGCGUCAGACUGUGUCUUUCCCCUGUGUCUUUCCCCGUGUCUCUUCCUGUGUCAGUCUGUUCUCACUGUGUCAGACUGUGUCUCUGUGUUUCUGCGGCUCUCUGUCUAGCCUAAACAUAUCGUGUUCCACUAUUUAUUGUUAUAAUAGAACAAUAGAUUUUGGUGUUUGUUUGUUUGUUUUUGUUUUUACAAAAGACGCACCAGUGAGUACACUAAAAUAUUGUUGUACACAAGAGUAGAUUCAAUCGAGAGAAUAUAAAAACAUACUUUUGUGAUGCUAUAUUAAAUUUAGGGAAAUAUGUAAAUUACUUAUAAACUUCCGAACGUAAGCUAGAGGCGCUACGUUUAAACGAAAUUCAGUCUUUCAUUUUUAUCCUAUGUCGAUGUGAAAUUAAAAUUGUUCAUGGCUUUUAAGGCCAGACUCUAAAACGCACUUUGACAGUGGAAUAGAUUAAGCCGUUUGCGGGUACCUAAUUAGAUUUUUUGUAGAGCUCCGUGAAACAGAGAUAUAAGGAAUCAAUUUUAAAUCCCAACCAAAACAAUGUGUUGUGUAUUCACAGUGCCCUAUAAGACAUUACGGUUUUAUUUAUUUCUUAACUGAAAAAAUUGAUUUAAUUAGUUAAUUUUUUUCCACACACAAAAAAAAAAAGCAAGUGAUUUAUCAAUUUUAAAAAUUCAAUUACAAACAUAUAAGUGUAUAUGUCUUUGUUUCAAUAACAAUACAUUUUUUUUAAAAAUAAUAUUCCUUCUCAGCGCUGGCACACACGCGUCUUUUAGACAUUAAUUUAUUUGUAUUUGCAUUGCAGCCUCACUGUCGAGAAGAUCAUGGCCGACAUCCGCCGGAAGUUCAACCAAUCAGACGUCGUAUUCGUUGGCGUGCACGUGCGACAGCGAGACGACCAAUCCAACGGCAUCCUGUGCGAGGCCCCGGUAACUUACUUCCAGAAGGCUUUUCUCAAAAUGUCGCAGCUCCUCCCUGGAAAGAGGGUCGUGUAUUUGGUGUCGGG